AUGCUGAGAGAUACAACCAUCUUACCAUUCACUGAUUUGAAUGACAAGCAAGUCUCACCAAAUCAUGAUCUAACAACUGAAGUUCCACAAAAUCCACCAGAAAAUAUGCAGAUAGAUCAACAAGAACAACAGCCUCACAACUCAGAACUGAGAAGGUCACAAAGAACUAAAAGACCUGCUCUAUCAAAUGAUUAUUAUGCCAUUCAAAGUGACAACUGUGAUAAGUGGAUAGAGGCAGUGGAGUCUGAACUCCAAUCAAUAAGCAAGAACGAUGUAUGGAAGCUUGUUGAUUUACCUCAAGGAUGUAAACCAAUAGGAUGCAAGUGGGUUUACAAGACCAAAAGAAACACAAAGGGACAAAUAGACAGAUACAAGGCACAACUAGUAGCAAAAGGGUUCACACAACAAGAAGGAGUGGAUUACAAUGAAACUUUCUCACCUGUGUCAACCAAGGAUUCCUUAAGGGUUAUAAUGGCAUUAGUGGCACAUUUUGAUCUUCACCUUCAUCAAAUGGAUGUUCAAACUACAUUUUGA